AUGGAGGUGAUGGAAGAAGGAAAUCUAAUGGACAGGAUUCCCAUCCUGCUCCAGAGGGAUCUUCAAUAUUAUGAGGCCAAUCAAAAAGUGCUGCAAGAAAAUAUCUGCCCAGCAGUGGUUGGCGGUAAGCUGGAUUUCCCUCGAUCGGCUUCGUUCGCGUCGGUGAAAAUCGUUGUUUGGUUAGAGGACGAAUAUUAUGCGGCGUAUCGGAAAAACUCGGGCCUACUGCACUUGGCCGACGCGCUGCAGGAUCAGCAGGGCAAGGAAGGGGAGGAGGCAGCCGGAUGUGGCGGUAUCGUGAAAUCUUCCGACCCGGAAAAGUUUGUCAUACUCGUUUCCAAGUCGGUGGAUAAUUUGCUAGAACACAUCCACACGCUUUCGCAAGAGGCACUGGAUCAUGCCGAUCUGACCGUGUUGACGGCGACGAUCGGUGCUGCGGCGCUGGUGAAGAACGCCCUCUGUGUGUGGCUGAAUUGUGUGACGAAAAACGUGUGCCCACCCAAGGGCGAUGAGAAGGGCGGUUCGUUGAAGCUGAGCUACAAGCAGUACUCGGAGAUGACGGAGGCGCUAGCGGAACGGUUGCUCGAUCUGCAUUGCCGCCUGCUGACGCUGUACAUCAUCCAGGACGCGGACUGUCUGCACUGGGAAAGCUCGCACCCGUUUUUCGAGUCCGAACGGGGUUCCUACACCAUCCAGAUGUGGUGGCUGUACAUGCAGGGCACCAAGCAGGACUUGUGGAACUCGGUUCCGCCCACGAUGGCACAGCGCGUGUUCGCCGGCAUGCUCAACGAGACGCUCACCGUGUUGACCGUACGGUACACGCAGACCGUCCCAAGCCGGGCCCGGUCGAUGCUGCUACUGGUCGACAUCUCCAACGUAUUGCUGUGCGUCGGCGAACUCCUGCCGGCCAUCUGCGCCAACGGAGAAUCGUUCGUGGGACUUAACCUGCCGAAUCAGAGCAAGAUCAUCCGCGACAUCCACGCCAAGUGUCAGGAACUGUUCUGCUGCCUGCUGCUGCGUGGCAUUUCGCUCGGCAACUUGUACAAGAUCACGAAAAAGGGCGUCCACGGUGGGAUAGCGAUGUUCAACCAGCGCCAGGGGUUGAUCGUACCGUGGACCAUUUUCGUGAUGCCGAAGCUAUUCCCGGCGAACCAGAACGCGCACUGGGCCGCCCGGUGCUCCGAGCUGCCGACCAGCACGGCACUGUCGCUCGAGCUGAAGGUGCUUCUGGCGGCUCCCCAGGCCAACUGGUGGCUGCUGCUGAAGGUGCUGCUGAUGCGUGAGGCUCACCUAUCGUCGCUGAUCUUUCACCAUCUGAUCCGGAAUCUGCCUUCGUGCGACAACUUUAUCCCAAGCUCGAAACAGCCGUCCGUCAGCCGCGAUUGUCUGUCGAAGAAGUGUGAAGGUUUCCUGUGCGGGUUGGAGUGCAACGACAUUGUACAGUGGGCGUUGGAGCAGAAUGAUCCCAUCGGACAGUCCAACUAUCAGGUUCUCAUGGGGCUGACGUACAUCGUCAUCAUGGCGGGGAAAACGUCCGACAUCAAUAAAACUCUCAUCUCGGCGCUGGAAAAGAGCAAGAUGAACGACUGGGCGUCGUGUUUGGAUCGGCGCCAGGUAUGGAACCAGAAGCGUCCACCGUGGCUAGAGGCGAUUCUUCAUCUGAUCUACCCGAUCCUUGGACCGAUCGUGCAUAUGCUCGUAUCGGCCGUACAAACCACGGCCAGCAUGUACCAGGCCAUGUCACUCUCGCUAUCCUGCUUCUCGGAGAUGUGGGACUGUAUACCGGAUUGUUUGUAUACCGUCACCAACUGCCUGUCGGAGAUUCUGCCAGCCGAGAUCCGGCCACUAGGUGAUUCGGUGCUCAUACAACUCCUCUACAUCGCUCUCUACUCCAAGUUGCUGGAAGUGGCUGAAACGGAGGCUGAAGCGGAAGCCAAAGAUCACCAACCGGCGGGUGCGGCUGGAGGGGCGGCCUCCUCCGAAGAUCGACCGAAAGCCCCGCCAGUCGUUUCGACACUCAACAUGAAACCCAAAUCGGUCAUCUGCCAGACGUUGGCCGAAGCGAUUUGCUUCAUCGACGAGGACAACAAGCACACCGAACAGAUCAACUCGCUGAUCAGUCAGGCACGGGAAAGCCAGCGCUCGAUGGGCCUGCUGGCGAACGAGAUCGAUGACGCGGUCGGGUUCAACAGCUUCGCCAGCACGUCCCGGGUGGACGACGUGGAGGCGUUUCUGCGCCAAACAACGCCCAGCGUUCGCUCGGAGGAAGAGUUUGACGUCGAGAACGCGGAGUACAUCGCCGAGAUGCUGGUAAGCGACGUGCUGGUGACGAGCGUUGGCAAGCUGAGCAUGAAGAUGCUGUACCAGUACAUCCGGAAGAACUUCGACUGGAUCCUGCAACAGCUCGGCGUGAGCGACAUCGAGCACAACCCGCUGCAGCCGUCGCCGGGUCAGAGCAUUCGCGAGGAGCAGCAGACGCUGAUCGAUCUGAUGUUUCACAUCGGGCACCGGUCGUUCGAUCAGCUACUCAGCGGUGGCCUGGACAUCGACUACACCAAGUGGUUCCAGACACCGAUGUCCAUGAGCGUGGAGAAGGCCUGGCUACAGGUGUGUCAACGGUGGGAGUUUCAGGAGAAUGCCAAGCUGUCCGUGCACGAGGCGGUCAUGGUGUCGUUCAUCACCUCGCAGCUAAAGCCGUAA